AUGUCGAUGCCGAUACCUAUUCCCCACGAUGUCCCAAUCUCCGGCGAACAAUCGCCGUCUCCGGCACCACCGAAGGCGAACACGAGUAGUUUACCCACGAAGAUUCUAUCCAAAAUCCUCGUAGGUCUUAUCAUGAUCCCUGUAGCUGUAACCGCUCUGCUCUUCAUCCUCAUGUCUCUCGGCUUCUCCUUCUUCUUCUUCGCCCUCUACUGGUUUCUCCACCGAAACUACCGCCGCCGCCAUCGCCGUCACGAAUCCUCGGAUGGGUUGUCUUUCAGAUGCGUCAAGAGGCUUCCCCAAUUCAAGUUCUCUGAGUCCAUAACAGAGCACGGAAGCGAUUGUGUGGUUUGUAUCGACGGAUUCAGACAGGGACAGUGGUGUCGGAGGUUACCUGGAUGCGGCCAUUUGUUUCACCGGAAGUGUGUGGACGUGUGGUUGAUGAAAGUCGCGACUUGUCCGAUUUGCAGGGAUAGAGUUUAG